AAAAAAGUAAUGAAAUUCUUUUCUGAAAUCGAAGAUCACCCACAUGCAGACGCACACACUCUGUUGUGAUUGAAGCAUUUAAUGAAAAUAUUCGCAACAAAUGACUGGUAUGUGACUGUGACGUGAAACAAAACGAGAGGAAGGAUUUUCAUAACUUUGUUUCAAUUUAACAACUUUUCUAACAGCAGAAUGGUAGCUGACAGCGUGAAGUAUUUUCACACCUGUGUAUCAAGGUGUGCUUCACAUCAGAUGUUUCCAAAGGCCUACAUGGAAAGUUUAGUCAGAAAAAGUGGAUUAAUUUUAUGACAAAAUUUAGACAACUCAUGUGGAACUAACGUUAAGAAGAAAAAACAAGAAAAAUGCAUAUUUUGUGAAAUAACCGAGAUUCUGAGAACUAAAAUGAGAAUGGAGAAAUUUGUAAUUACGUAUACUGUUGUGUGUUGUUUCGUUUCGCAUGUUUUAUCAUUGGAACUACGUUAUAUAAUUCCAGAGGAAGGCAAUAUAAGUUCUUAUAUCGGAAAUGUAGCGAAUGAUUCUUCCUUAAACCAAAGUUUAAACGUUUCUGAACGGAAUAAUAUGAAAUAUACGAUAUUAGAUGGUACGUAUGCUUCUUAUUUUAAUGUCAAUGAGCGUACGAGUUCUCUAUAUAUUAGUAAAAGACUAGACAGGGAAUCUCUACAGGAAUGUGAAUUUUCAACCUCAUGUGAAUUACCUAUAGAUAUAGUGGCUCAAUCGAUAGUAGGAACUUUCUUCAAGAAAAUUAAAGUCAAAAUUACAAUAACCGAUAUAAACGAUCAUGAACCCAAGUUUCCUGAAAGUAGUAUGUCAUUAGAACUUUCCGAAGCUUUUGUUGUUGGGUCGUCGUCUCCUAUUGUCGGAGCUGUCGACAUCGACAGUGGAGAUAAUUCUGUUCAGAAAUAUUUCCUUAAGCCUGAAGAAACUCCUUUUACACUAAAUUUUGUGAAAUACGUUGAUGGCAGUUCUUCUGUCAGUUUAGUUGUAAGUAAGAAACUAGAUAGGGAAACAGUCGAUGGAUACCAGUUGCAAAUAAUUGCUGAAGACGGUGGCAACCCUAAAUUUACAGGCACUCUUCAUUUAAACGUCAUUAUAACGGAUAUUAAUGAUAAUCCACCGUCAUUUAACCAAUCGACGUAUAGCAUAAGCGUUAGAGAAGAUACAACAGUUGGUAAUACUGUUUUCAAUGUCAUGGCCACUGACCCUGACCUGAACGAAAACGGCAUGGUCACAUACAAACUUAGUCCACAUCAAUCAGACAACAUCAAACAGAUAUUUGCAGUCAAUAGAUCUACUGGUAGUAUUUUUACGUUAAAACCUUUAGUGUACACUCCAGGAGAACCAUACAAAAUCAUUGUAGAAGCAAAUGAUGGCGCCACCAUCCCUCUAAUGACUCAGGCUACCAUCUUUGUUACGGUUCUCGAUUCUGGAAAUGACGCUCCUGUUAUAAACGUCAACCUACUUUCCAACACAGAUAUGGCUAAAAUAUCGGAAAAUGCCAGCGUCGGCGCGGCAGUUGCGCAUAUUGCAGUGUCUGAUGAUGAUACUGACAAAAAUGGCGAGGUAACCUGUUCAAUUCAACAUGAUGUUUUCAGACUUGAGAAAAUCACUGGAGAGGAAAACGAAUACAAAGUUGUAGUGUCGAAAUCGUUAGAUCGUGAAAAAAAUGAAAUCUACAAAGUGAAAAUAGUAUGUGAAGAUGCUGGAUCACCAGCCAAAAAUAGUACUGCUGAAUUCAACGUGAAGGUUCUAGAUGAAAAUGACCAUCGUCCAACCUUUCAAAGUUACAAGUACGAAGUCGUUAUUUCAGAAAACAAUUUCGUUGGUGCCUCUAUUGUCCAAGUAUCGGCCCUUGACCUCGAUAUAGGGAAAAAUGCUGAAAUUGUUUACUCUGUCGAACCAUCAGCUCAUGACUUUAAAAUUGAUCCAGAAACUGGUAAUAUUCAUGCAAAUUUUAUUUUAGAUCGUGAGAAGGUCCCAUAUAUGGAAUUUCGUGUUCUUUCCAAAGAUAAGGGUUCGCCUUCUUUAACUGGAACUGCUGUAGUAACCGUUAACUUAACUGAUGUGAAUGACAACCCACCAAAAUUUAACAAGUCUGUUUAUGUUAUGCACGCCAAAGAAAAUGAAGAACCAGGGUAUUAUGUAGGGGAGGUCAUUGCUCAUGACUUUGAUAUCGGCAAAAACGCGCUAGUUAAUUUUGUAGCUGAACCUGAAAUUGAAGCAAUUAAAGUUUUAACAGACGGAUCAAUUUUUACAAGCCUGACACUUGAUAGGGAGGCACGACCCCAUGGAUAUAGCUUCAAUGUCAUUGCAUAUGAUGGAGGGAAUCCAUCAUUAAAUUCUACAGCUCACGUGACGGUGUUUGUAGUUGACGAAAACGACAACGAUCCGGUUAUUAAAUUUCCGACUGCGGAAAAUGGAACCGUACAAAUGGUUUACGAAAAACCGACAAAUUCUGUGAUCACAUACGUAGUAGCAAAUGAUAAUGAUACAGGCGAUAACGCCGUUUUGACAUUCUCUAUACUACAACAUGAUGUGCUGAACACUUUUAGGAUCAAUCCCAAAACAGGAGAGAUAACCCUUGCAAGGGCAUUAUCUUCAAACGACAUGAAAUCACAUACCUUUACAGUCGAAGUAGAAGACAGCGGUGCUCCAAAAAGAAAAGAUCGACAAAACUUAACGAUUAUUAUUUCAUCGAACACACCACUGGUCUUACCACGUAAAGAGCCAGAAAAAGACAAUGCCUUGAUAGUUGUUGUUAUUGUAUGUGUAACUGUUAUACUGUCCGGUGCUAUUAUUAUGGGAAUAUUCCUAAUUCGCAGAAUGGACAAAAAGAAGAAAAAUAAGAAAAGAAACACAGCAACUCCAAAAAAUGACAAAUUAUAUGAUUCUAUACAUAAAAAUGGUACUAUUCAUCGAGAUGACAUGGUUGAUAACGAAAAUAAAAUCAGUUUUUCAACACGUGCUACGUCCAAUGGUAUUAAAGAUAAAACACAAAUGCAGCUAUCCAAUGGCCAUCGUCAGGAGGAAGUCACGCAGACUGUUGACCGAGUGAUGGCGCCAUCUCCUCAAUCUUCAAACUAUGGUCGGUCUGCUUAUCCCGGAAAGAAUAAAAGCCAAUCAAGCCAGUCUUUACAGAAUAUGCAAAUGAGUAGACUGCAACAUCAUCAAAGUAACCUUCAGACAUUGUCGAUUCCACAGAAUUUGGGGAGGAAACAUGAAGAUAACCAUAGUGAAACGUCAGGAGAAACGAAUGACAGUGGAAGAGGAGGGAGUGAAAGCGACAUACACAGUAGCGGAUUUAACCACAGUGCCGAAUUAGAUUAUAUGAAAAACAGAUAUUCACCAGUGAAUUCACCAGGGCGGCCUUUAUUAACAAAAGAAAAUAUGAACAAACUUAUGCAUCCAAAAGAACGAUAUAGAUCUCAAAAUCAACAAUAUCUCGUUCAAAAUAAUUGCCAUAGACAGUAUACUCACGGUGGCAGUAGUGGGCCGCCAUAUAAAAACAAUGUGCAUUGGAAUCCUAUAAGUAACGUUUUAAACGGAAGCAUGGCAACAAUCGAUGACUAUGAUGAUGACACAACUACUUCCGGAAGUUACGUAGUGGAUGAUCAGGAGCUAGAUUUAGAUUUUAAUCCACCACAAGAUUGUGUUGUAUAACAAAUGUGUCUACUUGUUAGAUAUAAGUAUCCAGUGCCAAAUUGUCUCACGUUGUAUCUCAGGAAAUCCUCAUAGAAGAUAUCGUGCCAUAUUAUUAUCAUGCCUUGCAGGAAACUAUAUGACGUAAACCAGAAAUAUCAUCCGAAUGACAUUAUUCCGAAUAGAAGCUGUGCCAUAUUGCACAGGUGUAAUACACCUUUAAAAAAUCAUUUACAUCUGUAUGGAACUGUAAAACUAAGCUGCUGCCAGAAGCUGCAUGGAAUAUAAUUGAAUAUACAUCGUGAAGAAAAAAAUCUGUACGUCAUUUCAAUUCUGAGGGAAAGAGAGUGAAAUUAUUAAAUAAGACAAAAGAGUUUACACCCACUUGCAUUGAUAUAAUUAUAAAACUAUAUUUCUGUUGAAAUAUACCAUAAACUGGACCAAGUGCAAUUAAAUAUUUAUUUUUCCAUUUUAUAAUUCCAUAAAAUUUGUCAACUGAAGUCUUUCAUCUAUAUUGGAUGGAACUAUUGGGACACAAAUUAGUUAGAGUAUUUGUUAAAGAUACCAGUAAAGUGCAUCAAAUGCGAUGAAAUAUUCAUCUUUUCUCUCACUUAUCAUAUUAUCUGUUUGAUCCUGAAAAUCCUACAACGAUAGAAUGUCAAGCAAACUUCAUGGAUGUAAUAAUACCUUACUUAUUAUUCAUGUGUCAUGUGAAAAUACUAAAUUUUUAUUUGUUUGUCCUGUAGUAAUAAGUUUUUGAUAACAAUUAGAGAACAUUAAAACAUAUUCAUGCAUUUUAAAGUAUUAUCAAAUCAUACUCUAGUUUAACAGAGCAUGUAUUAAAUCUAACACUUUUUUGUUAGUUUACGGUUCAUAAAGUUUUGAUAUUUUGUACAAGUAAACUGCAUUGUCAUGCACCUUUAUAAUUGUAAAAUAAUCUUUUUAUGGAUUGUUGCUUAGACAACAAUAUUUGUUUAGACUGAAAUAACCAAGUUGUUGUCUCAUUAGUUCUACUUUUAAGUUGUAUACAAGGUUACUUAGAACUUCAAUUUUUCGGUAAUAAUUCCUUCGCGGCACUUUCUGUUUAAUUUUGCCAUUUGAUAAGGGACUUUCCGUUUUGAAUUUUCUUGGAGUUCGGUAUUUUUGUUAUUUUACUUUUUGUUGUACUAAUUAAAAAUUGUAACAUCAAUCAAAUCAUAAAUUGAUUAAAGGAAAAGGGAAAUGGCGUAAAUCCGUUCUUUUAGUGAAUACCAAAACGAAAGGUACCGUUUCUAAUGAAUAAAAGGAGACAACCCAACGACACAAAAUAGUACUGAACCAAACGUAUACAUAAAGUGUAUUUCUUGUCUUGUCGUAUGGUCUCAAGUUUUUUACAAGACGAGGAAUAAUCGAGCACACAUGCCUUAGAUGUACAUGCAUUGUACCUUAAUUGUUGAUAAUGUCUGGAAGGUCUAUACUAAAAGGGGUCAUCACAAUGUACAUUUUACAAUAACUGAAAACCAUAAACCAAAAAACUCAAUGAUUCUACCCUGAAAAGUCAGCAGCAUAUCUAUACAUAUUUAUUCGUAACUUAUUGGCAGAGGCACUUGUUUAAUUAUAAAUACUUGUCAUAUAUACACAACACAUAAAAUACUACUCAAUCUUUUUCACAAGCUAAAGAUUUGUGUUAACAAAAAGAGGAAAAAAAUCAACAUUUCUUCAUGGUGCGAAAAUCUAUUAAUUGAAAAGAAAUGUAUUUUCUCCCAUAUGGUCUAAGUUACCUUUGAUGUUUGUAAUUUCUAUUAUUAAUGGUUUCCAUGGCCAAUUGGUUUCCAAUAAGGAUACAGUCAUUCCUUUCUGAAUUAUUGACAACAUCGUGAUUACAACUGCCCUAAAUGCUUUUUUUAAUUAUAUCUGUUAAAUUACUUCUGAUACAAUGCAUUAGGUGGUUAAGCUUCAACUACAUGGCGCCUAACCUACAUUUCUUUGUUUUGAUGUUAUAAUUAUAAAAAAAAAAUGAAGAAAAAAAUCUUAUAAAAUUUAAUGUUUAAUGAAGCUAAAUAUUAUUAAAAUAACCUUAAAGUAGAUGACUUUGAGUAUUUGACUAAUUAAGCUUAUUGAUAUUUGAAACUCCCACUUCAAAUUUACAAAUAUUUAAGUUUCACUGUUGUUAACAGAAUACUUUGAAACAAAAUCAAAACUAUUUUAAACAGGUUUUGGUACUUUUUUCAUCCUCUAAGUACCAUUGUAUAGUUCUGAAUUAUAAAUUAGUUGCUUUAAUCUGUAAUAAAGACCCUUUGUCUAGACAAUACACCAGAGUCACCUAUCGAGAAUAGAUCUUUGAAGUGACAUACUGUGAAAACUUGUGUACUAACUAACAUAUGUUUUAAUGUCCAAGGUCUAAAGCCACAGAGUAAAUGGGAGGGAUAGUAACGCCUAUCAUCUUUAGUGAUGUUUGAACUCCAUACUUAAAUCAGUCACUUACAGGGAUUUAAGAACUAUAAUGAGCAAUUCAGUGUUAAAAUGAACAAAUAAAUCAACUUUUACAAGGGUAUGUGUCAUGAAUCACAAUUAAUAACACUUUGAUAAUUAUAUGUCAGUAGCUACAUAUAUUUUCUCAAAUGAUUUUAAUUCGAAAAUAAAAUAUCAACCAGCAACCGUGCAAAAUUGAAAUAUAUUAUCCGCGUUAAGUGUGAGAUUUUUCAUUAAGGAAUGACCGUAAUAUUUUUUCUGUCUAUGAAGAAAUAACAUCAAAAAUGUGGUGCACACUAAAUAACCCGCGUAGCAGGUUAUUUAAAAGUGUGCACCACAUUUUUUAGGUUAUUUCGAAUAGACAGAAAAAAUAUUACAGUCAUUCCUUAUAAUUUAAUUCUAAAAAGGAGUAAAUCAUGAUAAAAACGUUGAUGACGUCACGGUCACAUGACAAAAUUAUGUCUAUGAGCUGAUGUACAAAACACUUUCAGCCAAUCAGAAGACGUGUUACAUCCAAAAUUAAAUUAUUAUGUAAUAACGUUAACAUGCAUGUUUGAAUAAGUGAAACUUAAUAAAAAUGAAGAUGUUUUUAUUUCAUUUUAAAUUGAAGAUAUCAUAUAUAUAUGCAUACAGACUGAUUCUUUCAAGACUCUAUUUUGACAUAUAACACACGUGAAUGUGUUUCUAAGCUUACCAGUAUUAAUUUCUGGUCUAUAUUAUUUUACCGUGUUAAAUAUUUAAGUAGAUGUUUGUAAGGUAAUAUCCAAUUUGUGUAAGAUCUGUUAUUCUAUCGUAGGUUUUGAUAUCAAAUACUUUAUUUUUAAUGUCAUUCUUUGAAAUUAUUAUCAAUAAAUUAUCAAACAGACUAUAAUAUAAACUCUUAAAAAUCUGCUGUCAACCAAAAUCAGCAAAAUGUGAAAAACGAAGGAAUAGUUUUAUUUUUCCUAUAUCAUUUCAAGUAUUAAAGAUCAUGGCGGACAUUACUCUAUGCUGGCCCCAUAAAGUGAGGCUGAUUUCUAGGUAACCUUCAGUACCUAAUAUGAGGGGGAAAUUUCUGAUUUACCUAUGAAAAACAUGACCAGUGUCUCAGUAUGGCAUUAAUAAGGGGAGCUAGUUUAUGAUUUUUGAUUGAUUGAUUUACUUACUUUGCUUUAUACUCUGUGUCAUUGAGUAUAAUUGCAUAUUAUUGUUAAUUUAUUAUAAAACGAAAUCAUAAUCAUUUCUGACUCUCACAAGUGCAUGUGCAGGUUUUGAGUCAUGUACACAUAUGUUAGAACUGAAAACUCUGUACAUUAUGUUGGGUCUUGUUUAUAUUUUAUUCCAUUUCAUACUUAUAAGCAAAUGUUUCGUAUGACAUUUUCAUAAUACAAGGGACCAAGUCAUAUUUUUCAUAUCGUAAACAAAUACAUUAUUACUGUUUCAUUAUCAUUAUACUAGAAAAUAUUUCUAGAUACAUACCAGAACAAAGCAUUUGUAGAAAAACUGUUAGAAUCAUUUGCAUAGCUUGUAAAGAGAUUCUAUAAAAUCUUAUGUUUGAAAAUAACGAUUAAAAAAACCGUCCAGGUCUGUUUUAAAGUAAAACAUAUCAUUGUAUAUCAUUAUAUAACAGGAAACAAUAUUAUAUCACAUAGCUUCAAUUUAUGCAACAACAAUUAAAAUGUCUGGAUGAUAUAAAUGUUAUUUGAGCAACAGAGAGUAUAAAUGUGUUAUUUAUAUUAUAAGAUUGUUUUUAAACAAUAUUUUUUGUUGCUGAGAUAUGUAAAUUAAUAUUAAUUUGAUUUUAACCAAAAUAAAUUGUUUUGAUUUUUUA